AUGAAGAUUAUUGCUUGCUUAUUAUUAUUUAUUCUUCUAGUUAAAUAUAUUGAAUCGAUAAAUCCGAAUCGUACGUAUGUAUUAGUAUCAAAUGGAAGAAUCAAUCAAAAUGGAUUUUAUGGAUUUGACAUAUUUGAUUCAAAAGAAAAAACAUCUUUAUAUCGAUUAAGAGUUUCGUCGAGUGAUAUUGAUAUUGCUAUACUUGUUGAUUAUCCUGCAAAAAAUAUAAUGGCUAAUCUUGAAGGUAUAUGGAUAGAGUGGAAAGUUAAUGUUACAUUUUCUGUUUAUGAUUGCAAGUUAAAUAAAUGGACAGAUGGAAUUAUAACAAAAUACACUUGUUUUUUAUCUUAUUAUUACACAGUGGAAUAUAAUAAUAAGCAAUUUAUUGCAAAAUGGAAAAGUCUUUCGAGUACAGUAAGACUUUAUUCUAAAAACCAAGAUGAAUUAUUAGCUGAAUGGCGACCUCGUACUCUACCGCUCUUAUCGAAUCGUGUUAAAUAUGAUUUGAAAAUCUAUUCGGAUAAACUACCUGAUGCUAUUUAUUUUUUCUUACUAUUAGUGAUGAAUCAGCGAGACCUCGGAGACGAUUAA